AUGGACUUCACCGACAAAGUAGUGCUCAUCACUGGCGCGAGUGCCGGUAUUGGAGAGUCCACCGCUCUCCUGUUCGCUAAACUUGGCGCGAAGCUGUCGCUGGUGGGAAGAAAUCAAGCUAACCUACAGGCAGUCGCCGAUGAGUGCGAAAAGCAGAAAGGUCUGAAACCUCUGGCUGUAGUCGCGGACUUGGGAACUGAUGAGGGCGUUGAGAAAACUGCUAAGGACACUCUUGAACAUUUUGGAAGGCUAGAUGUAUUGGUGAACAAUGCAGCAGUGGGUGCCAGGACGACCAUCCAGCUGGCGAACAUGGAGACAUUCGACCACGUGUUCAACGUGAACAUCCGCGGCGUGUACAACCUGACGCGGCUGCUGGUGCCCGCCCUCAUCGAGUCCAAGGGGAACAUCGUCAACGUCUCCAGCAUCAUGGCCACCAUGGUCACUACUGGGAACCUGCCGUACAGUCUUUCCAAGGCCGCCCUCGACCACUUCAGCCGCCUGAUCGCCUACGAGUUGGCUCCAAAAGGCGUUCGUGUAAAUGUGGUCAGCCCUGGAAUCACAGUAAGCACAUUCGUCCAGCGUUUGACUGGUUAUUCGGACGAAGAGUACCGCGCGUGGCUCAAAACGGCUGAAGCCACUAUCCCGAUGGGAACAGCCACCACUGGCGAUGACUGUGCCUACAUGAUCGCCCACCUCGCUUGUGACAAACUGAGCAGGGUUGUUUCUGGUGCCGUAGUGCCGGUAGAUGGCGCUCUACAGUUCGCUGGAUCAGGAAACAGUGAAAUUCUAAAAGAGCAGAUAAAAUGA